AUGGAAAGAGAGCCUAUAACAGUAGCCUUGAAUACAACGGUCUAUGAAGGCCAAUCAAAAUCUCCAUUUGAACUUGUUUUCCGUUACAAACCAAAUUAUAAACAACAGGUCAAUAAUUUAAUCAUUGAAUGGAUGAAUAAAAAUCGAAUAGUCGAGUACAGCAGUGAGAUCAUCAGCAUCACAGAUUCUAAUUUCCCACUACCUAUUUACGCAAACGAAGUUACAGUAAUGGCAGGUGAGAAUAACAGCAAUUCUACAAUAACCGUGAACUCCAUGCUUGUCGAUACAUUUCAAACUGUCGCUGAGCCAUCCACAGUAACAUAUGCGCCAACAUCAAAAACAUUAGCAAUUAGGUUCAAUCUUUCAAGCGAAAUAAUUAACAUAGUAGGACAAUUAUUAUACAACAUAACACCAUCUAAAAUUACUUUAUCCAGAAAAGCAUUAGCGCCUCAGGACAUUCAACUAAUUAGUAAUGCAUUAAAAGUAAAUCAAAGUCUAACACAACUUGAUUUGACUUUUACCGAAAUUGGUGAUAAUGGUGCUCAAACAUUAAGUGAUGCAUUAAAAGUAAAUCAAAGUCUAACUCAACUUGAUUUGAGUAGUAACAGAAUUGGUGAUAAUGGUGUUCGAGCAUUAAGUGAUGCAUUAAAAGUAAAUCAAAGUCUAACUCAACUUAAUUUGAGUAGUAACUUAAUUGGUCAUAAUGGUGCUCAAACAUUAAGUGAUGCAUUAAAAGUAAAUCAAAGUCUAACUCAACUUAAUUUGAGUUGGAACGGAAUUGGUGAUAAUGGUGCUCAAACAUUAAGUGAUGCAUUAAAAGUAAAUCAAAGUCUAACUCAACUUAAUUUGAGUAGUAACUUAAUUGGUCAUAAUGGUGCUCAAACAUUAAGUGAUGCAUUAAAAGUAAAUCAUAGUCUAACUCAACUUGAUUUGAGUAGUAACAGAAUUGGUAAAGAUGGUGUUCGAGCAUUAAGUGUUGCAUUAAAAGUAAAUCAAAGUCUAACUCAACUUAAUUUGAGUAGUAACUUAAUUGGUGAUAAUGGUGCUCAAACAUUAAGUGUUGCAUUAAAAGUAAAUCAAAGUCUAACUCAACUUGAUUUGCGUAGUAACUUAAUUGGUGAUAAUGGUGUUCGAGCAUUAAGUGAUGCAUUAAAAGUAAAUCAAAGUCUAACUCAACUUAAUUUGAGUGGUAACUUAAUUGGUGAUAAUGGUGCUCAAACAUUGAGUGAUGCAUUAAAAGUAAAUCAUAGUCUAACUCAACUUGAUUUGAGUGGUAACGGAAUUGGUGAUAAUGGUGCUCAAACAUUAAGUGAUGCAUUAAAAGUAAAUCAGAGUCUAACUCAACUUCAUUUGAGUGGUAACGGAAUUGGUGAUAAUGGUGCUCAAACAUUGAGUGAUGCAUUAAAAGUAAAUCAUAGUCUAACUCAACUUGAUUUGAGUAGUAACAGAAUUGGUAAAGAUGGUGUUCGAGCAUUAAGUGUUGCAUUAAAAGUAAAUCAAAGUCUAACUCAACUUCAUUUGAGUAGUAACUUAAUUGGUGGUAAUGGUGCUCAAACAUUAAGUGAUGCAUUAAAAGUAAAUCAGAGUCUAACUCAGCUUGAUUGGAAAAUAAACGUACUUGGUGAAAAUGGUGUUCAAACAUUAAGUGAUGGAUUAAAAGUAAAUCAAAGUCUAACUGAACUGCAGUUCAGUUUUAACAGAAUUGGUGAUAGUGGUGCUCGAACAUUAAGUGAUGCAUUAGAAGCAAAUCAGAGUCUAACUUAA